AUGCCUGAGAAACAACGCGUCUGUCUGGCCUACUCAGGUGGCUUGGAUACGUCUUGUAUCUUGGCCUGGCUGAUUGAGAAGGGCUACGAUGUCAUCUGUUUUAUGGCGAACAUUGGGCAGGAGGAGGACUUCGACGCUGCGAAGGAGAAGGCAUUGAAGAUCGGAGCAAAGCAAUGCUACAUCGAGAAUGUCAUCGACGAGUUCGUCCGCGAGCUUUGCUUCCCAGCCAUUCAAUGCAACGCCUCAUACGAGAACGUGUACCUGCUGGGGACAUCUCUUGCACGCCCCGUCAUCGCUCGCGCUCAGGUCAAGGUUGCCCAGAAGGAAGGCUGUCAGUUUAUCUCCCACGGCUGCACAGGCAAGGGCAAUGACCAAGUUCGAUUUGAACUCGCCUUCUAUGCCCUCCAACCUUCUAUCCAGGUCAUUGCGCCCUGGCGCAUUCCUGAGUUUUAUGAGACGUUCAAGGGUCGAAACGAUCUGCUAGACUAUGCUGCGAAAACGGGAAUUCCAGUUACGUCGACAAAGUCGAAGCCUUGGAGCAUGGACGAGAAUCUAGCACACUGCAGCUACGAGGCAGGCAUCCUGGAAGACCCAAACACCUCGCCACCAUCAGACAUGUGGAAGCUGACCGCCGAUCCGAUCCUCUCGGCCCCCAACGAAGCCGAGGAUGUCACGAUCGACUUCGAGAAAGGUCUGCCCGUGAAGAUCAGCUCGCCCUCGCAAGGCACAAAGACAGAUCCCACCGAGCUGUUCUUGGCCGCCAAUGCGCUCGCUCGCAAACACGGCGUCGGCCGCAUCGACAUUGUCGAGAACCGUUUCAUCGGAUUGAAGAGCCGUGGCUGCUACGAAACCCCCGGUCUCACGAUCCUCCGCGCUGCCCAUAUCGACAUCGAGGGCCUGACGCUCGACCGCGAAAUCCGGGCCUUGCGCGACCAGUUCGUCACAAUUGGCUGGUCCCGCGUGUUGUAUAACGGCUUGUACUUCUCCCCUGAGCGCGAGUUCCUGGAAGCAAGCGUCAUCGAGUCUCAAAAGAGCGUGAACGGCCAGGUCCGCAUCCGUCUGUACAAGGGCAACUGCAUCGUCAUGGGCCGGUCAUCGCAGACCGAGAAGUUGUACGACGAGAGCGAGUCCAGCAUGGACGAGAUCGGCAGCUUCGAGCCUGUUGAAACCGGCGGCUUCAUCAAGGUUCAGGCUAUUCGGUUGAAGAAGUACGGGCAGAUGAAGGCGGAGAAAGGGGAGAACUUGCUAUGA